AGUUGGUCGCUGGCUGAUGAUUUGAAGUCCUCGCAAAUUCGGGUUUGUCGCUCCCAACUCUGUAUUUUCUGUCUAACCGUAGUCCUCCCUCCGCUUUCUCCAUGUCCAUUCAUACCUCUGCAUUUUCCUCUGUGACCCUUCUCCGGUCUCCCAGUCUUUCCCUCUCUCCAUACCAUCACUACUUUCGUUGUCCUAAUCACAUAGUCCGUACUAUCUUUAUCCCAAUAUAUUCUGUAAAGGGACAACAACAACUUCCGCGGAUUCCUUCCUUUGCUUCCAGUUCUUCUGUUGAACAGCUGGUGUACGACCGAGAUUCCCUGUUCGAGUCUGAAGAGCACUUAUCUUCUCCAUACAGUAACGGGGCUGAUGGUUUUGCAUCGGCGGAUUUGAAACAUUUAGAAAUGCCUGCGCUUGAAGUCAAGGAGCUGGAUGAGUUGCCGGAUCAAUGGCGAAGAUCCAAAUUGGCUUGGCUUUGUAAGGAAUUGCCAGCACAAAAGCCGGGAACAUUGAUACGGCUGCUUAAUGCUCAGAGGAAAUGGAUGAGGCAGGAUGAUGCAACCUAUCUCACCGUGCAUUGUUUGCGUAUUCGCGAAAACGAGACUGCAUUUAGGGUGUACAAGUGGAUGAUGCAACAACGUUGGUACCGAUUUGAUUAUGCUUUAGCUACUAAGCUUGCUGAUUACAUGGGCAAGGAACGAAAGUUCUCAAAGUGUCGGGAAGUAUUUGAUGAUAUCAUUAAUCAGGGAUGCGUGCCAAGUGAAUCCACAUUUCAUAUAUUGAUUGUUGCAUAUCUUAGUGCACCUGUUCAAGGAUGCAUAGAGGAAGCAAGUACCAUUUACAAUCGUAUGAUUCAGUUAGGAGGUUACCAACCACGUCUUAGCUUGCACAAUUCUCUCUUUAGAGCUCUUACGAGCAAACCAGGGGAUUUGUCAAAGCAUCAUCUUAAACAGGCUGAGUUUAUAUAUCACAAUUUGGUAACAAGUGGACUCGAGGUACAUAAAGAUAUAUGUGGUGGUCUAAUUUGGCUACACAGUUAUCAGGAUACUAUAGACAAAGAGAGGAUAGUGUCACUAAGGAAAGAAAUGCAACAAGCAGGAAUCAAGGAGGAAAGAGAAGUCCUUUUGUCCAUCUUGAGAGCGAGCUCAAAAAUGGGGAAUGUAAUGGAAGCAGAAAGAUCAUGGCAAAAACUUAAAGAUUUUGAUGGUAACAUGCCAUCUCAGGCUUUUGUUUAUAAAAUGGAAGUCUAUGCAAAGAUGGGUAAACCGAUGAAAGCUUUGGAGAUAUUUAGGGAGAUGGAGCAGUUGAACUCUGCAAAUGCUGCAGCAUAUCGGACAAUUAUUGGUAUUUUAUGUAAAUUUCAAGAUAUAGAACUUGCAGAAUCGAUCAUGAAAGGCUUCAUAAAGAGUAAUCUAAAACCCCUCAUGCCAGCAUAUGUUGAUUUGAUGAAUAUGUUUUUCAAUUUAAGCUUACACAAUAAGUUAGAGUUAAUCUUCUCUCAGUGCCUUGAGAAGUGUAAACCUGAUCGUACUAUCUAUAGCAUAUAUUUGGACUCUUUGGUAAAAGUUGGUAAUCUCGACAGGGCUGAAGAAAUAUUUAGUCAGAUGGAAACAAAUGGAGAAAUUGGUAUAAAUGCUCGUUCAUGCAACAUCAUUUUAAGUGGGUAUCUUUUAUUUGGAAAUUAUUUGAAGGCUGAAAAAAUAUAUGAUUUGAUGUGUCAGAAGAAGUAUGACAUUGAUCCUCCAUUAAUGGAGAAACUUGAUUAUGUCCUAAGCUUGAGCAGGAAGGAGGUUAAGAAGCCAGUAAGCUUGAAGUUGAGCAAAGAACAGAGGGAGAUUUUAGUAGGCCUGUUGUUAGGUGGCGUGGAGAUAGAGUCUGAUGAAGAGAGGAAAAAUCAUAGAAUCCAGUUUGAAUUCCAGCAAAACUGUAAUACCCACUCUCUUUUGAGGAGACACAUAUACGAGCAAUAUCACGAGUGGUUGCAUUCUGCUUCAAAGUUGAACGAUGGUGAUAUAGAUAUACCAUAUAAAUUCUGCACUGUUUCACAUUCAUAUUUUGGUUUCUAUGCAGAUCAGUUUUGGCCACAAGGCCAUCCUGCAAUCCCUAAUCUAAUUCACCGGUGGCUUUCACCUCGUGUUCUUGCAUACUGGUAUAUGUAUGGAGGCUGCAGGACAUCAUCAGGGGAUAUUUUACUGAAGCUAAAAGGAAGUCGAGAGGGUGUUGAGAAGAUUGUUAAAUCUCUGAGAGAGAAGUCCAUGCAGUGCAAAGUGAAAAGGAAGGGCAGCAUGUAUUGGAUAGGUUUACUAGGAAACAACGCCACAUGGUUCUGGAAACUAGUUGAACCUUUCAUUCUGGAUUACUUGAAAGAUAGUCUAGAGGCAGACAGUCCUAACUUGGGGAGGGUUUUAAAUGAAACUGAAAAUAUCAACUUUGAUAGUCAAUCUGAUUCUGUUGAGGAGGCUUCUAAUUAAUUCAAGAGUUUUAGUUGUUAGUCCCAUUAUCAGUUGGAUUCUUUAAUUCGCCAAAUGAUGGAAGCCUUCAAUGUUUCAUAGUUUUGGGAGGUUUUUUUAUUCAAAUAGGAUCUUCCCUGAUCAAUUCGGAAGAUGUAAAUACUUAAAUGGAUAUGUGGUGUUUAUGUUCUGAUUCUGUGUAUUGUUGUAGCAUUUUUGUUCACUUUAAUAUAGGUUAUAUGUUAGUUUGGAAGUCGUUAUGGCUUGUUGUAUACAUAUACAUAUAUAUAAAAGGAUAAGUUAUUACUUCACAAGACUUACCAACUGAUUGGUUAGGAGAAAUCUUCUAUCGAUAACCAUAAAGUUUGACUGGUAAGAAAGAGAGGAACAAUGAUAUAAAAGAGAAGAGAUUUUUUUUUUUCUUUUUUCCUAAAAGAAGAUAUUAACUGUUAAACUUUUAGUGGUGUUCUUGCGGAAUUGGUGAGAGGAAAGUUUUGUUCAUUUGAUCUCUCAGAAUGUUUAUGUAAAUAUUAUUUAGGGUACUGUACAGUUAUUGUAAUAAUUUAAAUUAUUAUUAUUAUUUUUAAUAACUAUUUUGUAACCUCAGCUGGUCCGAAAUUAAAGUUCCCCUGAACUAUGGGAAAUCAAAGUACCAAAGAGACUCAAAUUUUUCCGUAAUACCCUGCAUACAGGAGCUUAAAAGCACAGAGGAGACAUCAGUAGAGACAGUGGGCUUCUCUCUCCCUCGGGUUGCUGUCUUUGUUUCCAUGAUGGGAAAAUCCCAAAUCAUCUCUUCUGCCUUGGCCAAAGGAUGGUUCCUUACUUUUGCGGACAUUUUUGAUAAAGCUACUGCUAGAUCACAGGAGAUAGUGGUCUCUGUUCAUUGCUGGGGUUCUCAAAGAUCAAAGGGAUUUGAAGGAAGGAGGUUUGUUCUAUAAAGAUUGAAGUCGUUUGCUUUGUUAUGCUGAAAGGAUUUUCCCAACUCUUGCUUCUAUAGUACCUCAUUGAUUUGAAGAGACCAAGAACUCAGUGCUUUGAUUAUAUGCACCAGUAUUGGAUCUAAAAGAUGAAAAAAGAAGAUAUUGCUGGGGGAAUGUGAGAGAUUGGUCAAGAGGCAGAUUCUUCUUCUGUUCAUGCAGGCACUGAAGUUGGCAAGACUUGUAUCGAUUUAACCCUUAUUGAAACUUUCAAAGUUGGCAAGGCUUUCAAACAUGUUCGUGUCUUGUGUCUGUGCUUCUUAGUUUGCCAAUAACUUAUGCCACUUUAGUAGAGUAAUGCAGCAGUAAGCCUGAGAAGAAAGUUGUCUUGUGCCCAAUGGGAGAGUAAAACCAAAGCCAAAUCAAGAUUGGAGGAGCUUCUGCGAUGGGCUUGGCUUCGAGAUCAGAAAAAUGAGGCAAGUUCAUCACUGGGAAGGUGAUUUUCUUAACUUUAAUAGCCCUCCCCUUGUUUGGACAUCUUGAAAUCCUCUGUACACGAAAUCAACGAUAUUUCUAUCACUUAGUCUAUUGGUUUGAAUCAUUUACUCAAACCACUACAAAGUUCAAUAGCUUAAGUUUAUAAGUUGAGGUACAUAUACUCUUGAUACCCUUUUUAAGUAUUUUUUUUUAGAGAACCCUCUUUUUAAGUAUUGGCUCGAGAUUAUUUUGACUUGUGGAAAUUGAAAUGUGAAUUGUAUCAACAUCCGUGAAGCUAA